AUGAGCUCGAAGGACAAAAACUUAUUCAGCGAUGACGAAAGCGAUGAUGGUAGGAAAAAGAAGAGGCUGAAAAAAGUAUCUAGUUCCUUAUUUCAUGAUGACGAUGAUGAUAAUUUUAUAAGUAAUAAAAAAAUGGAAAAAUCGAAAUCAAAAAAAAAAAGUGACGCUAUAUAUAUUGAUGAUAAUGAAAGCAAUAAUAAUAACAAUUAUAGUAAUACUAAUAAAAGUAGUAAUAGGAAAUCAUUAGAAAAUAAAUCAUCAAAAACGUCACCGAAAUUUUAUGAUAUAACAUCCUUUUUUAAACCCUCUUCAAAAAAACUUGAGGAUAAUAACACUAUGAAGAAAUCUAAUAGUAAGGAAGAUGAGAAACUUGUUGUGAAUAAUCUUAAUGACUAUUUUAAUAUAUUACAAAAUGAUAAUAAGGUUACAAAAGAAGACGCAAAAAGUAAUAACGUUAGUCCUAAAAAUGAAAUCAAUAAAUCAAAUGUUAAAAGAGAAAGAGAAAGCGAACAAUAUGAAAUUAGUAGUGAAAACGAUACAAUUUCAAGUAAAAAAAAUGUUCUUAUAUCUCCUGCAAAAAAACAAAAAACUCAAAAUAAUAAUAAUGAGGAUUUACAAAAAUUUGAUUAUUUACCUUUUCAUAAUCAAAAAUUUGUUAUUACAGGAGUAUUCAAAAAUUUUACAAGAGAUGAAUUACAAUCUAAAAUUAAAGAACAUGGAGGUAGUGUAAUGACAGCUGUAUCGACUAAAACGAAUUAUCUAGUCCAUGGGGAAUAUCUAGAAGAUGGAAGAUUAUUUAACGAAGGUAGAAAAUAUACUAAAGCUUUUGAAUUACAACAACAAAACAAAUCUAAUAUCAAAAUAUUAAAUGAAGAAGAACUUUUGAAAUUAUUACCACAAACUGAUCAAAAACAAGAAAAUGAUAAAAUAUAUGCAUCUGAUACAAUUAAAACGGAAAAUAAAGAUAAAAAUUAUAAUUAUGAAAAGAAAGAUACACAUAAUACACAAAAAGAAAUUCCUAAUCAAUUGUGGGUAGAAAAAUAUAGACCUAAAAAUCUUAACGAAUUAGUAGGUAAUAAUCAAAAUGUAAUAAAAUUACAAAAUUGGCUUGCUAGUUGGGAAGAUGUAUGUAUUAAAGGAAUAAAGAAACAAGCACAAAAAACAUUUAGAGGAAUUUUCGAAAAUGUAAAUGCAAGAUGUGCUUUAUUAAGCGGUCCAGCAGGAAUAGGAAAAACUACCACAGCCAAAAUUGUUUCAGAAGCAUCCGGUUAUAAUGUUAUCGAAUUUAAUGCAUCUGAUGAAAGAAAUAAAGCUGCCGUUGAAAAAAUUAGUGAAAUGGCUACAGGUGGAUAUUCCAUAAUGUCAUUAAAUAAUCGUAAAUUAACAAAAACUUGUAUUAUUAUGGAUGAAGUAGAUGGUAUGUCUAGUGGUGAUAAAGGUGGAAGUACAGCCAUAUUGAAAUUAAUAGAAAAAACAAAAUGUCCAAUUAUAUGUAUAUGUAAUGAUAGACAAAAUAAUAAGAUGAGAACAUUAGCAAAUAAAUGUUAUGAUUUAAAAUUUAGUAUGCCUCAAAAAAAUAGUGUAGUUAAAAGAUUGUUAGAUAUAUGUAAAAAGGAAGGAAUCAUGAUGGAACCAAAUGCUUUGGAAUUAUUAUGGGAAAGUACAUGUGGUGAUAUAAGACAAAUGUUGAAUACUUUACAAUUAUUAUCUAAAACAUAUACAAGAAUACAAUUCUUGGAUUUAAAAAAAGAAUUAAAUAAUUCUAAUAAAAAUGUACAAUCAUUAGCAAACCCAUUUGAAAUUACAUUAAAAUUAUUAAAUUUUAAUGAAUCAUCCAAAUUAAAUAUAAGAGAAAUUAUGGAUCUAUUUUUUGUUGAUUAUGAAUUAAUUCCAUAUUUUAUUAGUGAAAAUUAUACAAAUGUUUUUAAUGAAACAGAUAAAUCAUCUGCAUCUUUAAAUAAAUGGAAUGUAUUCUCACAAAUUGCACAUGAUUUAUCAUUAGCUGAUAAAAUUAAAUAUAAUAUGAAAUCAAAUAUGGAUUUUGCUCUAUUACCUCAUUUUGCUAUUUUAUCAUGUGUUUGUCCAGUUAUGAGAAUAAAAAUAUUAAAAUCAUUUAUGUCUGGAAGAGUUAAUUUCCCAACAGCAUUUGGUAAAAUUUCCACAUUUAAUAAAAAUAAAAGAUUACUAAAUGAACUAUGUUUUAAUCUAUCAUAUAAAUUAAAUGUAUGCCCUAAAUAUAUGGUCACCUCAGGAUUCUUAAAUUAUAUCUAUUUUAAAAUUAUGACACCUUUACAUAAAGCAGAUGUAAAUCAAGCUAUCCAAAUUAUGGAAGAAUACAGUAUUACGCGAGAAAUGGUAACCGAAAAUUUACCAUGCCUUAGAUUACCAAAUCAAGAAAACCUAUAUGAUAAACUAGAUACAAAACUUAAAUCAUCUUUCACGAGACUUUAUAACUCUUCACAUGUUAUCAAAAUUGAUCCUAAUUCUAUCAAAAAAGGAUUAAAAUCAAGUGAAAAAAAAACAACAUUUAAAUUAAAUGAGUUCGAGUCGGACGAAGAUAUAGAUGAACUAAGUGAAUCCAAAGAAGAUAAGGAUGAUGAUGUUCUAAUCAAAACGAAAAUAGACAGAAAGGGUACCUUAAAAUCAAAACCUUCUACAAAAGUAAAAUCUAUGAAAAAAGCCAAAUAA